GUAGAGGUGGCGUCAGCGACGACGGCGGGAAGUCUGUGACGUACUGGUCUCCGGAAGACCAAAUGCUCCUGGUGAGAUGCAAGCGGGAGCAAGAGAUGCACCUCGCCGGGCUGGGUCAUAAUUACGGGCGGAUGCGGACCAAGGAGUGGAAGUGGGACGACAUUGCGAAGCGCAUGGCGAACGCGGGGAGGCCUAAAGAUGUCGACGACUGCAUGAAGAAGUGGGACAAUCUCUUCCAAAACUACAAGAAGAUAGAGAGAUUUCAGAAUGCCAACGGCCAGGCAGAUUUCUUCAGGAUAUCGAAUGAAGAAAGGAAGGAGCACAACUUCAAGUUCCGGAUGGAGAGCGUGUUGUACAACGAGAUCCACGCAGGCAUGCUGGGGAACCAUACAAUUUUCCCUCCCAACGUCGCCGACACCGGCAGUCCGGACGGGGUGCAGCUGCCCAGGCAAGGAGCGGUUGGUGGGGAGUUUGUGGGUAGUGAGGCUGGUGGUGACGGCUGCCCUGAAGAAUGUUCUGCUGCGAGGGACUCCGACAACAACCCAGGCAGUGGGGCUGGAGGCGGGAAGCGGAAGUAUGUGCGUCAACAGGCGUUGGAGUCGAUCGUUGACGUCAUGGACCGCCAUGGGGAACUGAUGUCAACGACGAUCGAUUCGUCUAGCAAGCGGCAAUGCAGCAUAUUCACGAGGCAAUGUGAUAAACUCGAGCAGGAAGUUGCAGUCCAAAAAGCGCACUAUGCGGCGUCCGAUGAGACGCAGAGGAUGAUGUGCCACACGCUUAUGGAGAUCGCUGCCACCAUCCGUGGUCGGUCGUCGACUGUCGCAGAGGACCACCGUCGACGCCUUUGUAGCCAUCUCGUCACGUGGAGGAUCUUCGCUGGAGUCGUCGUCCUUCUGUCGUACACGUGGACGUCCACCGUCAAUCAUUCCAUCGCGGAGCACUCUCACCGUCGCUCUUCUGUUCUUCUCGCCGUCAAUCUUUUCGCCGCGGAGCGCUCUCGUCGGGCUCUUCGUCCUUCUGUCGUGCACGUGUACGUCGUCGUCUACGUCCCGCGGAGGAGAAAUCUUUUGCGUCGUGGGGGCAUUCGUCCUCGUCAGGCUGCAGCAACACGGGAGACAUUCUUCUCGCCAGAUCGGUGGGACUUCAAACGACGGUCGACAAAGCGAUUCCCGCUCAUCCGAUCGGACCACCAAGCUCGCCUGAAGAGGUCCCGACGAAGCAUGUCUACACGAGGGAGUGCACGUGGUAAGAAGCGCGACAGCGUCCCUGACGACACCCAAGGGCAGAGAAGAGGUCGGCGGCAUGUCCCGAAGGCGAAGAGGGCGCGUUUGGAUGAUGCGUCAGCAAGCAUGCCUCCGCGCCGAGCGCAAGGUUGGGCGGCAGCAGCGGAAGGGGACUACGACGACAGCUCCACGAGGGAGGAAGAGCAGGCAGAGGCGACCGCGUCCGUAGUACGGGAGAGCGCUUGGCAGCGCUCUCCUGAUCAGACCCCUUCGAAGAGGAUGCUCACCCCUCCGCCCGAGGCGCAGCAACUGCGUGCCAGCGACACGCAGACAGAGAAGGUUGUCGUCGUCGAUCUGGGCGGCGAUGAUGACGAGCCCUUGGAGAAAAAUCGCCUGCGCACUAUUGCACAAGGCAUCCCAACGUCGGCGGCGACGUCACGCGCUGCGGUAGACGAAAGGCGACUUCUGGUUGGGGGCGAGUCGGCAGGUGCUGCGGGUGCGGGUGCUUCAGGCGCUGUGGCCCCCAUUGCGACGGCGAGAGAGGAGGCACCAGUUGUGGUGACGGCAAGAGAGGAGGCGCAUGGCGAGAACAAAAUUGAUCGGGACGGCGGCGAGGCCGGUUCAAAUCGGGUACGCAGGGGAGUGAUGACGAAAGACCUCGUCGAUCGUGUCGUGCUUUGGGUUGAUGACAAAGCUUUCGGGACGACGGGGGAGGGGCAAAGACUAUACAACAUCGUCCACGAAACGAGAGAGUACUUUGUCGCCAUCGUCAGCGGUCUUCCAACGCCUGUCGUCCCUCGGAGCGUCGUCCUGCCCAAAUCCAGCACGAAGGUAGCUAGGAUCACCGACCCAUCACAACUGCAGCAAGCGAUCUCCCGUGCGGCUGCAGUGGAGAACAUUGCUCUGCGCAUCUUGCACGGUUGGAUAUUCAAGUCCGGGAACCGCCCAAGGGGAUACAAUGUGGCUUUCCAGUACUCGCUCGAGUCCGCAGCGACGGACAUUGCGCGUGCAAUGUGGUACGGCGAGGAGUGGUGCAACGUCGUCAGUGCGGUGGUAUGUGCGCACACGAUAGAUCUGUCCAUGGACUUGCCACUAUGGUUCGCCGGCGCCAACAUCGAGGACAGACCUAAGGAUGACGACAUGGCGGCGUACCAGGAGUUUACCGUCAUCUGCGUCGCACAUGCAUUCCACGGGGCGGUGCAAAUGGGUGCGCACAUCGACGGCGACUUCAUCUCGUACGACCGUCUCUGUCGGGUGGCUGACUGCUUCAGGCUUUUGUUGGCGGCGUGCAUGUGGAUAAUGAGCAUGGCAGGAGAUGAUCCGCGCAGCCACUACGAAGCUUUCUACUUCGCGGACCUGGUGGCGAAGCCCACACUCGUCACGUCCAUGCAUCGGUCCUUCGAUCAUCGACGAUUCGUCGUCCGCGCCACAAAAGUCGUCACAGAAAGGCUCGGGAAGGCGAAAGCUACGUUUGGAGAGUACAAGGACUACAUCCCUGGAUGGGCACCCUGCGACAUUGGUUUCAGGCACGACGCAAGCAUAAUGGGGCAGGAGGAUGCGAAGAAGCUAGAUUGGUUGGGUCAGGUCUGUUUAGUUUGUCCGUCGUUGGAGUCGACGACGAGUUGAUUGAUUUGAUUCUUGUAUUGUGUUUUUAUCAUCGCACUUCGCUGCGCAAGAACUCCAUAGCGCUUUUAACGC